GGCGACAGGGACCCGCGGCCUCCUUCUCUCCUCCUCUUCCUAGCGUCACCUGCCUCUGUUUCUCUCUGGGGGAGAGCGUCUGGGAGAGGGAGAGCCCUGGCCGGGGUAUGGAGGAGCGGGGAGCAGCACCACUAGUCUCAAAACCCGUUUCUCACCCUGGGUCAGGCCCUGACCCUCUCAGUGUCCCUCGUUUUAAAAUGAGGCCGUGGGACUGAUGGAUUCUCGGAACCCUAGACUCUGAGUGGAUGCUUCUAGGGUAUCUGAGUUGCGGGGAGCAGGGCCCCCAUCCUCAGUACCGCCCUUUCAGCACCAGUUCCCUGACCUCUUUUCACAUCAGCCUCCCACUCCGGGGCACACUGGGACUCUUAUCAACAGCAUCUGCACCUCCUUUGAUGUCCCCAGCCACAAUCUCUUCCACUAUCAGCCACUUGAGUCACUUCCGCUGUAUCUGUUUUUCACCAUCUUUGGGUUUCCUGUCCAUUGCUGUCUCCGCUUUCCCCCUCGCUAUCAAUCUGCUUAUUCCCUAUCCUGGCCCAUUACCUCGGCAUUCUCAACAGGAUCCUCCCUGCCCGAGUCCUGCUCUCCUUCCAUCUGAUGAAACCUCAAGCCAAAUCAGUCCACCUAUACAGGGUACUGAAGAAGUCUUGGCCAGCCACACACCUUGGUGUAACAGAAACACAAGAGAGAAAAUAGAAGCCAUCACUUGGAAACUUCCUCAGCCUUCUGCCAUCAGACCCGCAAACUUGCCUGCCUACGCUUCCUUGCUUUCCUCCCUCCCUCCAGUUCUAAUGUCUUCUGAUUCUCUCCAAGAAUAGAGGUUCGACUGGGAGACCCCUCACACACAGGUGAAGGCGUGGCCGUAGAACCUCAGACCCCCUGGUCUCCUCAGGAAUGAAGGUCAUUGCCGUCCUCAUCCUCCUCCUGGUGGCAGCCCCCACCCACAGCAGUUUCUAGCAGUUUCAGAGGAUGGUCAAACACAUCACAGGGUGGAGUGCCUUCUUCUCAUAUUACGGAUAUGGCUGCUACUGUGGGCUUGGGGGCAAAGGGAUCCCCGUAGAUGACACUGACAGCCCCUCAUCUCCCUCUUGCUACGAGAAGCUGAAGGAGUUCGGCUGCCAGCCUGUGUUGAACAGCUACGAGUUCCACAUCGUCAAUGGCACAGUGGUUUGUGGAUGCACCCUUGGUCCUGGUGCCAGCUGCCACUGCGGGCUGAAGGCCUGCGAGUGUGACAAGCAAUCCAUGCACUGCUUCAAAGAGAGCCUGCCCACCUAUGAGAAAAACUUCAAGCAGUUCUCCGGCCAGCCCAGGACAGCUGCCCCCAUCCUGCGAAAAAGCCUGGGCUAGCCUGCUGGAGGAUGAGAGCCCACCUGGAUCAGUUGUCUCAGCUGAUUUCAGACACGUGAGAGAGCUCAGCGAGACUCAGCUUGUAGCUGACUACAGAUGCGUGAGGGAACCUGGCUGAGACCAAAACAACUGUCCGGCUGAGCCCAGGCUAAACUGCCAACAUGCGGAAUUGUGAGCUAAAUAAAGGCUGCUGUUCUAAGUCA